UUUUCAACGCCAGACUCACAAGCACUGAGAGAGAGAGAGAGAGAGAUGGGAGCUUCGAAGGGGAGGAGCAAACCCUUCAACAGAUAAAGUUUCAUUUGAUUAUUGAUUUCGAGAUCUCAAUUCUUCAAUCAGGAAAGGGGCUUGUUGUGUUUCAGAAAUGGCAAAUUCCAAGGGGUCAUCAAACAUCAGAAAUUUUGUGUACUCUGGAAAGCACGCUUUGCUUCCACCUAAAAUUCCUUUUCCUAGUGUUUCCCCAUCAUAUGUUGAUUAUGUCCCUAGCAAUGUAAUUGGAUCAAAAGCUUUUCAAAAACCUAAGGAGGCAAGUGCACAGCAUCAAAGAACUUCUUCUGAGACCCUCUUCGUUGAAGAGCAACCUUCUUGGCUUGAUGAUCUACUUAAUGAGCCAGAGACACAUGUUCGCAGAGGAGGACAUCGGCGUUCAUCAAGUGACUCCUUUGCAUAUGUAGAUGCAACUAAUGCUUCUAACAUAGAUUACACAGCACAGGAUCAGUACAGAUUUAAAAAUAUGGCAGCUAUACCUUCUUGGGGCUCUCGAGACUUCAGUUAUCACACAGAUGCUCGCCAUUCUUCUCUCUAUGGUGAGUUGAACUUGGGAAAGCAGAAGAGUAGGGCAUGGGAACCGUCAAUGAAUAUUGUGACCCACUCAACCGGACUUCAUGCUAUGAGGGAAAAUAUUUCUCUUCCGAAUUCAGGAUCAUCUUGUUCACCACCGGAAGUGGAUGGGUUUGCAUCUACAAAUGAAGAGCAGGAUCUAGCUGAAUCCGCUCCACCUGACCCCAAAGCUUUGUCUGAGAACAAUGAUGGUCAUGCUAAGCCUUCCCCAUCUGAGACGGAGACAAAACGUGCUAAACAGCAAUUUGCUCAACGUUCGCGGGUUCGAAAGCUUCAAUACAUAGCUGAGCUUGAAAGGAAUGUACACGCUUUACAGGCUGAAGGAUCUGAAGUAUCAGCUGAGCUUGAAUUUCUCAACCAGCGGAAUCUUAUUCUGAGCAUGGAGAACAAAGCUCUGAAGCAACGUUUGGAAAAUCUAUCUAAGGAGCAGCUUAUCAAAUACUUGGAACAGGAGGUGUUGGAGAGGGAGAUUGGAAGGCUGCGAGCCUUAUAUCAGCAACAUCAACAGCAGCCAUCAUCUAGCCAUCGCCGCUCUAAGAGCAGGGAUCUUGAUUCUCAAUUUGCAAAUCUCUCGUUGAAACAUAAAGAUGCCAGUCCUGGCCAUGGUCCUGUGACUGGUCCUCUCCGCACUUAGAUAUAAGUUCUAGUCAGAGAUGUGUUGUACGCAGUAAUUGCUUCAAUUGGUGCUUACCACAGUUUCAGUUUCAAUGCUCUUCCCUUCUAUGGGAUCACACCUGGGUCUUCAACUCUUGAUACCUUCGCUUUUCCUUUGUUUCUUGCUACUUUCCUUUCGAUAAAUUCAGUUGUCAUUUUCAUGUGCACCUGGUAGUCGUUGCUGGCAGAUAGAUGACUUACCGGAGGUGGUAACUUAUAAAAAAACAGGGUUCCAUCUUUGGGCCCUUUCUUGUAUGGUUCAGUCAUGAUUCAGGAAAUUAACAUACACCACUUGACUUCCCGAGACAUCCAAUUUGUGGAAUCAAGUUUAGUACAAAGUUUGCUAGGGCUGUUUGGAUCAGCAUUACCUGUAGUGCAUUCUGAUAAGAGUGUGGUUUCUGAUUUAUGACUUCUACAUUGAGUUUAUGAUUUGUUAUGAUGACAAAUUGAUUUAUUGCUACUU